AUGUCCGACAGUCACAGAAGCGCAACACCUCGAUCAGUACCGGAUUCGGAGAAUAUGGACUCACCGAGAAGCACGGAAAAAAGCGAUCUUGAUGACGAUAUCGGAAUGGGGCAAGAGAGAAAUGAUCGAGAUGGUUCCCGUCAUGUUCCUCGAGGAUUCCUAUCUUUUCUGUGUCUUGUCCCAGCAAUUGAAGACCCGCGACAAUAUCCUGCGGCACGCAAGUGGUUCUUAACGGCCAUAGUGGCAGGGGGAGGAUUGGUCGUGCCACUGAGCAGUGGUGUCUUGUUUCCCUGCCUCAUCAUGAUUGCUGAGGAUCUUCAUACAACUGUCUCUGUGGUGAACCUGUCUAUUGCCUUUGGCUCUCUCUCUGUCGCUGUUACACCUCUCUGGUGGUCGUACCUGGCAGAACUCUAUGGUCGUAGGCUAGUUUACCUGCUCUCCUUCUUCUUUCUUGGUCUUUUCAGCAUCCUGGCAGCAAUCAGCCCCAACAUUGGCAUGUUCGUCGCAAUGCGCCUUCUCGGCGGUGCUGCUAGCGCAUCCCUCCAGGCCGUCAGUGCUGGUACCAUCUCUGAUAUGUUUGAAACACACGAACGAGGCAAAGCCAUGGGCGUCUUCAUGCUUGGCCCGAUGCUUGGUCCCAUGUUCGCUCCCAUCAUUGGCGGUGCCCUGGUCACCCGGUGGAGCUGGCGCAGUACGCAAUGGUUCAUGGUAAUCUAUGGGUGGGCUGUGUUCCUGAUCAUGGUGUUCUUCAUGCCAGAGACAGCAACAAACCUUGAAGAGAACCAGCAGAAUGAGCGGGCGAAGUCGACAAGACCUGCUAAGAGAGUUGUUAACUUCUUAUUAAAACCCAUUGAGGCGGCUACCUUGCUGCAGUACCCGCCCAUCCUUAUCACAGUGUAUUAUACCAGCAUUGUUUUCGCAACAUACUACCUCAUCUGCGUCUCCAUUGAAGACACCUUUGCCUUGCCGCCAUACUCGUGGAGCUCCGUCAUUGUCGGUCUUGCGUAUAUUCCUGGCGGCCUGGGUCUGCUAUUUGGUGCGAUCAUUGGCGGUCGCUGGCAGGACUAUAUCAUGAAACGGACGGCGCGGGAAGAGGGACGCUUCAACAACGAUGGCAAUCUCAUACUACACCCAGUUGACCGCCUCGGCGAGAACUGCUUGCUGGCGGGUAUCCUCUUCCCGGGGGCAUUGCUGUGGUGGGGGUGGACGGCGGAAAAGCAUGAAUUCUGGGUGGUACCGUUGAUUGGCAACUUCUUCUACGGCUUCGCGGGAAUGAUCCUCACCAAUGUGACCAUGACAAUGCUGACCGAGUUUACACCCAAGAGAUCAACCAUGGGCGUUGCAGUGAACAAUCUGCUGCGUAACAGUUUGUCCUGUGUGAGUGCGGUGAUCGCACAGCCUUUAUUCGAUGCCAUCGGUACUGGCUGGUCCUUUACGGCAGCCUGUCUCUUCUGUCUACUCAGUGGAAUACCUUUGAUUCUUUUACGGAUCAAGCGGGAGGAGUGGAGUGCGAGAAUGAAGGUGGCUCUGGGAGAUGCGCAGUAG